AUGCCAACCAAACUAACAAAAGCAACUGGCGCUGAGCUGACCUAUCUCACACACCAUAGUGCAUUUCAGGAAUGUCUACAUAGAGAACUUAAAACUAUCAGAGAACGGAAGGUAACCACCCCAGAGCGUCGCAAGGUAGCUAUUGAAGUAAUAGCUAACCUCAUUGAUGAUGUACCCACGUUACUCAAGAAUGGACUUGACAUGCACAAGAAGAUGCCGCAGUGUCUUACGGUAACAGAGAAGCCUGAAGGAUGCUUUGCCAUUUCUAAAUCUAUCUUCGAGAAGAAGCUAAAGUCUUUGGUUGAUAUUCUGAUUGCUAUCAGCCACGACCUCCGCACGGAUCAGGACGGGAACGGUGGAAUGCAUAACCACUACAAAGCCUUGAAAAGGACCAAAGAACUGGUUUAG